GAGGGGCGGAGGCGGGACUUCGGAGGGUGCGCCGGGGACAGACUGGCCUGGGCCUCCCAGGACCCUGUAGGGCGCGUGUCCCGGCGGCUGUCAUGGAAGGAACUAGCGGCGGCUUCCGGAAAGAGCUGGUGGGCAAGCUGCUGCAGCUGCAUUUUAAGGAUGACAAGACCAAAGUCAGCGGGGAUGCAUUGCGGCUCAUGGCGGAGCUGCUGAAGAUCUUCGUUGUGGCAGCCAUCCGCAGCGUCCGGCAGGCCCAGGCGGAGGACCUGGCUCUCGUGGACGUGGACCAGCUGGAAAAGGUGUUGCCUCAGCUGCUCCUGGACUUCUAGGGGCUUCUACCCCCACUGCGGCCUGAUGUCCAAGUCAAGGCUAAAGCCCCGUGCCCACGUUUCGGUGGCCUCUGGCUACAGACAAGCAGCUCCUGAUACCCAAGAUUCUCCGCCGGCCCCAAGGGCUGAGCUGGGUCCUGGCAGACACC